GACAUACUUUAGGAUGAUCCAAUCAGGUGCCGUGUGGAGGAGGGACAUCGUCCUGUAAACGAUCUCCUCCAAAUUCAACCGUUGUGAUUGUGAUCGUUUUUAUACUCGGAACUGUUUGUAGUUCUAUAUGGAAAUGCCUAUCUAACACGUUUGAAGGCCAUUUAAGUUGUCUCUUAUUGUUAGAAAUCACCUGCGUCCGCACGAGUCUCGAAACGGAAGCGCUACAUUUCGCAGAUGACAAUAGUCAGCUAAGUUGGCGAAGCUAACUGGAUAGCUUGAAGCAUGCCGAAUUUUUGCGCGGCCCCAAACUGUACACGGAAGAGCACACAGUCAGAUUUGGCUUUCUUUCGGUUUCCACGGGACCCAGAAAGAUGCCGAAUCUGGGUAGAGAACUGCCGCAGAGCAGAUCUAGAGGCCAAAACAUCAGACCAGUUGAACAAGCACUACAGAUUAUGCGCCAAACAUUUUGACCCAGCGAUGGUGUGCAAAACGAGCCCCUACAGGACUGUGUUGAAGGAUACAGCCAUUCCAACCAUAUUUGAUUUGACAAGUCAUCUAAAAAACCCUCACACCAGACAUCGGAAGCGGAUUAAAGAACUUACUGAAGAAGACAUAAGGAAGAUUAAAGAAAGGAGAUUGGCAUCUUCUAUCGAACAGCUCGCAUCCAAAAAAGAUGCAGCAGAGGAGAGCACGAGCACCAAUGAGGAUGAACCUCAACUGUCCACAGAGGAGAAAGAGUUUCGUGAUUACCUGCGAUCCUUGUUUGAGGUCGUGGUCAUGUUAGCAAAACAGAGCAUCCCAUUAGUGUCUGCCAAAGCAUCUGAAGCUGAAGACCUGUCCAACAACUUCCAGGCCCUUCUAGAUUACCGCAUGAAUGUUGGAGAUGAGGCUUUGAAGAAGCGGUUUCAGGCGACAGCUGUUAACACAGAAUACCUCUCUGCCACCCAGCAGAGCCAGCUGCUGGACGUCUGCGAGAACACGGUGAGGGAGGAGAUGCUGAUGGAGGUGAGAGAGAGUCGCUUCUUCUCCCUGGUGACAGGGGACCUGGUGGAAUUUGGAAAGGAGAAACACCUGCCUCUGUUUUUACGCUUUGUGAAUCAGCACAACGUCCUCCGAGAGGAGUUUUUGGACUUCAUGUCUUUUGAUGGUGAGGAGUCUGAGCUGGUGGAGAGGCUGGAGGCGCAGCUCACAGAGCGGUGGGGGCUCAGCAUGGAGGACUGCCGUGGUCAGGCCCACAAGGCCACUGGGACUUCCACCACCAAGAUGAAAGCUGUGGCGGUAUUACUGAUGGAGAAGUAUCCGCUGGCAUUGCACAUGCCUUGCUCUCAUAUGGCACUGAACAUCCACUUGGCCAACAAUCUGCCUUUUCCCAAUGUCCAGGUGGUUAUGGAGACUCUGAGGAGGAUCUCUGCUUUCUUCAGAAGCCCAUUUACUCAGGAUGAGCUGGAGGAAGCGAUCGCUACUCACUACCAGAAAAACGAGGAGAAAGGAGCUACGCUAAAACAAGCCUGUGGCUCAGGAUGGACGUUGCAGCACAACGUCUUUGAUGUGCUGUUAGACAUGUUGCCACCUCUGCUGAUGUGCAUGGACAGCAUUCGGGACAAUAAAGACGGCAAGUUCACCGAGGCUGUCACAGCUGACGCUUAUUCAUUCACAGAAACUCUGUCUGACUUCGAGAUCAUUGUCACUAUCGUCAUCUUAAAGAACGUUCUCACAUUCACCAGGGCCUUUGGGAGGAAUCUCCAAGGGGAAACACUUGAUGUGUUUUUUGCUGCCAACAGUUUAACUGCUGUCCUGCAUUCCCUAAACGAGGUGAAUGAUAACAUUGACGUCUACCAUGAGUUCUGGUACGAGGAGGCUGUGAGCGUGGCCAGUGUGAUGGAGCUUCCUUUGAAGGUGCCGAGGCUGUUCCUCAGGAAGCAGCGUGCAGCUGAUGUGGGCGAAAUCCAAGCGGAGGCGUAUUUUAAGGAGUACGUGACCGUCCCUGUCAUCCACGGCAUCAUGCAGGAGGUGGAGGACAUGUUCUCCGAGACCAACCUCAAAGCCCUUAAGUGCCUGUCACUGGUCCCAGCCGUCAUGGGCCAGAUGAAGUUCAACACCACCGAGGAGAACUACGCCGACGUUUACCGCAACGACCUCCCCAACCCAGACACACUUCCCGCAGAGCUUCACUGCUGGAGAAUCAAGUGGAAGCACAGGGGCAAAGAGGUGCGCCUGCCCACCACCAUCCACGAAACCCUUCAGCUGCCAGAUGUCAAGUUCUUCCCCAACGUCAACUCCUUCCUCAAGGUGCUUUCCGCUUUGCCGGUCCUGAAACUAGAGGACAACAGAAGUGAGACGGCGAGUGAACGACUGCGGGCUUACCUCGACGGCAUGCCCACCAAGCAGUGGAACAAAAGUCUUGCAAUGCUUAACAUUAACACACAUGUCAAACACGACCUGGAUGUCAUGGUGGACAAAUACUGCAGACUCUAUCCAGAGGAUGACCCUGAAGCGGAGUCUGAGGAAGUGGCGUCUGAGGAAGUGGCUGAAGAAGAAGUUGCGGCGAAAUGAAGCGACAGACACUGAGCUUUUGUGAGACAAAAAUUAAUGAAACAUACAGUCAUGGAAAACAUUAUUAGACCACCCUUUAUCUUCAAUUUCUUGUUCAUUUUAAUGAUUUUGGUUAUCAAGAAAACAAUGGAAAACGGCUAGAUAUCAGCUCUUAAAUUAAACUCUUUUGAGCUAUUUUCGUUGUUAUCAUUAUAUUUGUCCAAACAAAUGUACCUUUAGUUGUACCAGGCAUUAAAAUUAACAAUAAAUUGAAGAAAACAAGGUUGGUCUAAUAAUUUUUUCCAUGACUGUAUGUUGUCAAUCAUAAACACAUCCUCCUUUGGUCUCUCAUUUAGUUUUUGAUGUAUUUGUACACUUGAAUGUAAGUACUAAUGGUUUAAAUGCAGAUGUUUGAAAAAUAAUGGACGCCAUUUGUGUUCAGUCCUGGA